ACUAUCGAUCAAGCGAUUAGCCAUUCGAGCGAUUUGUAGGAAAAUAAUCUUUUCGGAAAAAAUAGUCUUGUGAAAAUUAUAGCUGAUGGUGUAAACGCACUCAUCCCGAUAAUUUUGUUGCUGCGAUAAUGCACAGGAUGAUGUUGCUCUGUUUUCAGCUGUUUACUGCACGUCGGGAAAGUUUCUAGUAAGAGGAUUACGAGAAUUCGCAAAGAAAGCUGUGAAAGCUAAAGAGAGUAAAACUAUAAAACAUACCACUGCUAAGUGCUAUACCACAUCAAACUGGAACAAUGAGUCUGAAAACACGUAGUAUCGUAUUCGUCACGUUCUUCACCAGUUGCUUGAUCGUUGGAUUGCUUGUGGCCAGCCUUACGACCAACAAUUGGAUACAAGGGAACGCCAAACGGCGAAAUUUCACGGAAUCAAGCGGUCAAAUAAAUUUCGGAUUAUUCACCGGGCAUCGGCGUUUGAAUGUUGGAUUCGGUUUGCGAGACUACAAAAUCGAUGUGCCGGCAAUGAUACGUAAUGAACCGGACGUGAUGAGCUAUUGGCUGUGGCUAGGCGCUGCACUUGGCACUGGAUUUGGUAUUCUUGGCGGUGUGAUUACUGCCAUUGCCUCCGUUCUAAAGUCGGCAUCGGCUUCUAAGAAAACCGGUACCAUGUUAGUGUUAUUAGUUAGCAACCUGUUCACCGGAUUUUCCCAGACCAUAGCAUUCGUAUGCUGGCUGUUACAAUUUUACAAUUAUCUGACGCACAACGUGCUGCUUGCCGAGGAUCGUAACAAUAACUGGUACAGCACGGGGCUGACCAUGCUGGGAUCAAGCUUCUUCUUCAUUCCUGCUGGCAUUGCGCUGGUUAUACUGAAUUUGGUAUUGCUUAUUGCCGCAACACGACUCGAACAUCGCGAGAGGAAAAAGUUUUUGAAUCCUCCUACCGAUGACAAAACACAAGGUGCGAUUAUGCUGUACUGAAAGCGUCCGUUUACGUGCGCAUCAUCUUUUAUUCUCCUUUUCCUAAUACUCAAACUAGCUCUAGUUCGCCCGCAGCGAAAUUUACAAAGUUUUAUGAAUUUAAACACGCAUUGUCAACAAGUAUGUAAUAACGGUAUUUACAUCAUGCCAUAAGCUGAACUAAAGACAUUAUGAAUUCAUUCCACUUGAAAUUGUGCUAGGUUUAGCUGUCGCGGACGGGUAGAGAUACCGAUUAGUACCGUUUUUAAUUUACCACAACGGGCAUAACCUGAUUUUAAUCUAGCUUAAAUGUAGCAUAGAAUUAAUAUUUUA